CGCUGAUACUCCACCGUCCGCUCACAGCUACUGACUGACGCACACACAACAACACACACCCGGAAAACACCCGCUGUUCAUCAUGGAGCGAAAAGUGGCGAGGGAAUUUCGGCAUAAGGUGGAGCUGCUGAUUGAUAAUGAAGCAGAGAAGGACUAUCUGUAUGAUGUUCUCCGCAUGUACCACCAAUCCAUGGACAUUCCUGUCCUGGUCGGCGACCUGAAGCUGGUGAUAAAUGAGCCCAAACGCCUUCCGCUGUUUGAUGCCAUCAGACCCCUGAUUCCUCUGAAGCACCAGGUGCAGUACGACCAGCUCACGCCCAAGAGAUCCAGGAAGUUGAAGGAAGUCCGUCUGGAUCGCACACAUCCUGAGGGUCUGCGGGACUUCGCGGAUCCCGAAAAGGACAUAGGGGAGCAUCAGGUCCCAGUCACGUUUAUCGUCCCAGUCGCGUUUAUCCUCCGCGACCACCUGUCUCAACAUCUGCUUGAGCAUUUGAUUGAAGCGUUCGACCAGUCCGUUGGUCUGGGGAUGGUAGACAGUGGUCCUCAACUGCUUCACCCGCAACAGCCGGCAGAGGUCAGCCAUCAGCCGGGACAUAAAGGGGGUCCCCUGGUCGGUCAGGAUCUCUGCUGGGAUGCCGACUCGGCUGGAGAGCAGGAAGAGUUCCUGGGCAAUGGCUUUGGCGUUGGCUUUUCGGAGGGGCACUGCCUCAGGGUACCGGGUGGCAUAAUCGACGAUCACCAGGAUGUGUUCAUGUCCCCGGGCAGACUUAGGCAACGGCCCCACAAGGUUGGCGAUGAGAUUGUGCGUAUUAAUGGCUACUCCAUCUCCUCCUGCAUUCAUGAGGAGGUCAUCAAUCUCAUUAAGACCAAGAAGAUUGUGUCUCUUAAAGUCCGCCACGUGGGAAUGAUUCCUGUCAAGAGCUCCUCUGAAGACCCUCUGAAGUGGCAGUUUGUGGAUCAGUUUGUGUCUGAAUCAGGGGAGAAAAAGACUAGUGUGGCUGGUUUGGCUUCGGUUGGAGGGAAAGAAAUCAAGGAAAAGAAAGUUUUCCUUAGUUUGGUGGGCACCAAAGGCAUGGGAAUCAGCAUAUCUAGUGGACCAACACAGAAACCAGGCAUCUAUGUGAGCAAUGUGAAGCCGGGUUCAGUCUCAGCUGAAGUGGGCUUACAGGCUGGUGACCAGAUUGUGGAGGUCAAUGGGGUGGAUUUCACCAACCUGAGUCAUCAUGAAGCAGUGCGAGUGUUAAAGAGCAGCAGGAGUCUAACCAUCACUGUCCUCACUGGAGCUGGAAGAGAGCUGUUUAUGACGGAUGAGGAGCGGCUGGCGGCUGAAGCUCGUCGUGAGCUUGAAAGACAAGAGCUAAUGCAUCAGAAGAGAGUGGCAUUAGAGACCAACAAAGUCAUCAAAGAACAGCAGGAGAAAGAGCGCCAGCGGAAGAUGGAGGUAUCACAGAAGACUGCAGAGGAAGAAGAACGCUAUCGCAAAGAGAUGGAGAGAAUUGAAGCCGCGGAAAAGAAGCACCACAAAGAGUGGGAAGAAGAUUGGGGUUCCAAGGAAAAAUCCAAAUCUCCUUCCCCCUCCCCCUCUCCCUCACCCCCACCACCUGCACGUAAUGCACCUUCACCCAAACCCAAAACCUCCACUGCUGAGUCCGAUGAAGAAGAGAUCGGAGAAGGAUUUCAAAAACAUGUGGAUGAUUUUGAUCCAUAUUCCAUGUUCACGGCUGAGGAGAUAGCUGGCAGAGAUGUACGACUUUUGAGAAUUAAGAAGGAAGGGAAGCUUGAUCUAGCCAUAGAGGGAGGAAUCGACUCCCCAUUGGGAAAGAUUGUGGUGUCGUCCAUCUAUGAGGGAGGUGCGGCAGAUAAACAUGGUGGUGUCGUGUCAGGUGAUGAGAUCAUGGCUGUGAAUGGAAAGAUCCUGACCGAUGGGACUUUAGCUGAAGGACAAACCUCAUUGGCUCAGGCCUGGAACAGUGGAGGGGACUGGAUUGACCUGGUCAUCGCAGUGUCUCCACCGAAGGAAUAUGAAGAUGAAGUCCCUAAAACAGCAUCAGUCAGACCCACUGCAAAGAAAAAGGUUUUCCAAGGCAGUGCCCCUGUGUACAGACAGGGCUACGUCCUUCAGAUGAGGACCCCCCAUGCACUAACCUGAUCGCCACUAGCCCAGUGGUAAAAGCCCCCCAAACCCAUCCAUACCAUUCUGCAGUGUGCAUCAUGUACAUGUGACAAUCUCUUUGUCAAUCUAGAAACCCACCCAGAUGUUUUCAGUUGGGG